AUGAGAUUUAUUUUAUUAGUGUGUGUAAUGAUAAAAACAGUUGGAGUGUUAAGCAAAGAUCUGAGUGAAAGUGAACGGUCAAUGAGAGCAUCAUUUGUUCAGAAACUGUUGAAUAAACAAAAGUUCUUGGAAGGAAGAAUUAAACUUAUAGGAGGACCUACUAAAUUGGAAGGCAAUGUCUACAUUUACCACGCCGGUCGUUGGGGUGCCGUUUGUGAUGAUUCCUGGGAUAAUGCUGCUGCUAAUGUUGUCUGCCGUAGCUUCAACAAAACUGGAAUAGCCACACAUGGAGGACAGUAUGGCGAAGCUAUAAGAAAAUAUUGGAUGGAUGAUAUAGUUUGCGAAGGAGAUGAACGGACUCUCUCGCAGUGUAUUUUUUCUGGCUGGGGAUCAUCAGACUGUGAAGCAAGCGAGGUUGCCGGUGUUAUAUGUGGGAUAAAAACGGAACCUCAGAAUUUUCUGAAAAAGAAACAAUCAAGUAAAAUAAUACAAGAAGUUUUAGAUAUCAGUACUGCGAGUUUAAGACUUGUUGGAGGACGAAAUAAUCGAGAAGGCAGAGUUGAGAUAUAUCACAACGGAGUUUGGGGAAGUAUCUGUCCAGAUGGUUGGACGUUAUAUGAAGCAUUAGCUGUCUGCCGUCACCUGGCUUUAGGCUACGCAGAACAGGCCAUACAAAGUGAUUAUUUUGGUAACUCUACAGUAGUGCUCAGCGGGGUACAAUGUCAGGGGAAUGAGAGUAAUUUAUUUAUGUGCAGGCAUCAACAAUAUGGUUCAGUCGUGUGUCCUGGCGAAGUAGGUCAUGUAGCAGGAGUAGUGUGUACUCAUCGUUUGGCUGACUUGUCAUUAGAUACUUUAGCCAUCGAACGGACUGCCCACCUUCAGGAUGUACCCAUGUACCAGCUCCAGUGUGCUAUGGAGGAAAACUGCUUGAGCAAGACUGCAUAUGACAUCAAAAGAACCAACCCUGACUGGCAAUUUGAGACUCGAAGAUUGCUCCGCUUCACAGCAUCCUCCUUGAACAUCGGUAAUGACGAGUUUAGACCGUACCUUCCAAAACAUCUGUGGCAGUGGCACCUUUGUCAUAUGCAUUACCACAGUAUGGAGGUAUUUGCCACUUUCGAUAUUUUAGAUGCCACUGGCACGAGAGUGGCAGAAGGCCAUAAAGCAUCCUUCUGUUUAGAAGACAACACGUGCAUGCCAGGAGUUGAAAAAAAAUUCUCAUGUAAAAACUAUGGAGAUCAAGGUGUUUCAGUAAACUGUUCAGAUAUCUACCAAUAUAAUAUCGAUUGCCAAUGGGUGGAUGUCACAGACGUCCAACCAGGAGAUUAUACAUUCAAAGUGGCUGUGAACCCUCACGCUAGAGUAGCAGAACAGCAGUACCACAACAACGCCGCCUCCUGUACACUCAGACUCACAGAUUCCUACGCAUCUGUGUACGGAUGUACACUUCAAAGACCUUAG